GGCCGCGGCAAGCGGAGCCCCGGGGUCCCGGGAUGGCGGCGGGCGAGGCGGAGCCGGAGCUGCCCCCGCCCCCCUCGCCCGGCGGGCCCGCCACCGAGCGCGCCCUGGAGGAGGCGGCGGCCUCGGGCAGCCUGAGCCUGGCGGGGCGGCGGCUGCGGCUCUUCCCGGGCGGCGCGGCGCGGCGCUGGGACCUGAGCGACACCACCCAGGCCGAUCUCUCCCGGAACCGCUUUGCCGAAGUGCCCGAGGACGCCUGCCACCUGGUCUCCCUGGAAGGGCUGAGUUUGUACCACAACUGCCUGCGGAGCAUCCCGCCAGCCAUCGCCAACCUGCAGUCGCUCACCUACCUGAACCUCAGCCGGAACCAGCUCACCUCCCUCCCGCCCUGCCUCUGCCGCCUGCCCCUCAAGGUCCUCGUCGCCAGCAACAACAAGCUGGGCUCGCUGCCCGAGGAGACGGGCUCCCUGCGCGGCCUGCGCCAGCUGGACGUGAGCUGCAAUGAGCUCCAGGCUCUGCCCCCCAGCAUGGGCCAGCUGGAGGCCCUGCGAGACCUGAACGUGCGGAGGAACCAGCUAACCGCCCUGCCCGAAGAGCUGUCGGAGCUGCCCCUCGUCCGCCUGGAUUUCUCCUGCAACCGGGUCGCCCGCAUCCCCGUCUGCUACCGGCACCUCCGGCACCUGCAGACCAUCCUGCUGGACAAUAACCCCCUGCAGUCGCCACCCGCGCAGAUCUGCCUGAAAGGCAAAAUCCACAUCUUCAAAUACCUCAACCUGGAAGCCUGCAGCAAAACGGGGCCUGACCUGGCCGACUUCGCCCGGCCCAGCCGGCCCACCGGCUUCGGCACCUGCCUCUCCGACGAGUUCUACCCCGGCCGGCAGUACGGCGGCCUGGACUCGGGCUUCAACAGCGUCGACAGCGGCAGCAAGCGGUGGUCUGGGAACGAGUCCACAGACGAGUUCUCCGACCUGUCAUUCCGCAUCGCGGAGCUGGUGCGUGAUCCCCGCCAGCUGAAGGAGAAGCGGGACCGGGCAGCCAAUGGCGAGCUGGAGCAGAUCGACUUCAUCGACACCAGCGUGGAGGAGGAGGAGGCGGCAAAGCCGGAGAGCAGCUCGCAGGCCCUGGCCCCGGCGGAGGAGAAGCGGAAAGCAGAGAGGAGCCUUCCCCAGAGAGCCGAUGUCGGGGAGAAGGUGCCGAACAGCAGGCCCAGCCCUCCCCAGGAGGAGCCCCCCAGCGAGGAGCGGAGGCGCCCCGAGACGCUGCAGAUCUGGCAGGAGAGGGAGCGGCAGCAGCAGGCGUUGCGGAGCCAGGCGCUGGAGAAGCGGGACAGCCUGCUGAGGAUGGGGGCCAGAGGCACCUUCGGCAGCGCGCAGGGCCCGGCGGCCAGCACUGGCCCGUCGGAGAGCAGCGUCCUGCCCCACAGGAAGCAGAGGCCCCAGGUCACGGAGCAGCCGCCCGGCGUCCCCAGCCCGGCAUCCUCUGGGCAGACGCCCCGGCAGCAGGAGUCCCUCCCCCCGCAGGUCUCCAGCCCACCGGCCCGGGAGCCCGGCUCGGCCCAGAAGCCCAGCAGCUUCCUGUUCCGCUCCUCGUCGCGGACGGCCAUCAGGCCCGGCUCCGCCUGCGCCCCCCACGACCCCACGGCGGACCCCCAGCACCCCCUGCGGCUACGGGGCAGCUCGCACGACCUGGACGAGAAGGAGUUAACAGCCCAGCUCCGCAAGGCCAUCGAGUCGCGGCUCAGCGUGUCGCUGGCGGAGGACCUGGGUGACGCCCUGGCCAAUGGGGCUGUGCUUUGCCAGCUGGUCAACCACCUGCGCCCGCGCUCCGUGCCCUUCAUCCACGUCCCGUCGCCCGCCGUGCCAAAGCUGAACAAGGUGAAAUGUCGGAAAAACGUGGAGAGCUUCCUGGAGGCUUGUCGCCGCAUGGGGGUCCCAGAGGAAGCCCUGUGCCAGCCCCAGCACGUCCUGGACGAGGAGAGCCUGGCGCCGCUGGCCCGGACCGUCCAGGCCCUGCUGACCGCGGCCCAGCCCCCGAAGAAGCCGCCGCCCCCCGAGGGCACCGCCAGCACGAUCUAAGGGGCAGGGCCCUGGCGCUAAUGGCACGGGCAAGGGGCUGGACACUGCUGAGAGUUCCCCCGCGUGGGGCACGGGGGGGCCCGGCUCAUCCCCAAGCAGAACAGACGGUGCAGCGAGGGGCCCUGCCCCCCACCCCCUGGCGAGAACUGGGCGCCUUUGGUGGCAGCGGUGGGAUCCCCAGCCCAGCUCCUGCUGCUCAACCCCCCCGUCCCCUCCAGCGGCUGUGUCCUGGGGCGGCCUGGUAGCCACGCGACCCCCUUGGGCUAGGCUGGGGGGGGGAGGUUGGGAGCAAGGAUUGAAGGGGGGGUGAUUUUAUUUCCCUGCAGGGAGGAAAUCGGGGCCCGGCCCCAGCUGCUCCCCCCUCUGGCAGUGACGGGCUCGGGGGCGCCGGCCGUGGGGUGUCGCAGGGCAGCCGUGGGGCACGGGGGCUCAGGGAGCCCCCCAUUUCCUUAGUCCCCCCUCCCCCACGUUUCCCCGGGGCCGGGGGCGCAGGUUGCCCUGACCAAGCCACGGCUGGGAUGGUGCCCCCUACGCUGCCCCCCACCCCCAUGGGGCCUGGGCUCUUGUGCCCUCUAGUGGAAUAAAGAGGUACAUGCACCACCUCCCUUGGCCUCUCGGCUGCUCUCUGCCACCCCCCUGCCUGGAAGCCGGGGGCUGGGCCAGCCUCAGUUUCCCCCCCCAGCCGGGGC